AAUGCAGAACGUAUAAGUGAAACACCUUCAAUAAGUACGUAAAGAAAUCAUGAACUCUACAAGUUAUGCUGUAGAGUAGUAAAAGAAAGAUGAGUUCGUAAAUAAUUAUUGUUAUUAUUAUAUAUCAGAUGAGAAUUAUGAGACAUACAUUAGCAAAUGGGAUUAUAUCUUCAUUCAAAGAUCUCAUGAUAAUUAAUUAAUUAGAGAAUUAUGACUAUAAGAGUUAUUUAAUUUAGAAAUACGUAACUUACAUAUUUAAAUUUAUAAAUAGAAACGAGGACCUCUUCAUAUAGUUUGUGAGAAUGGCAGACUAACACUUAUAAAAUAUUUUAUAGAAAACAACUUAUAUGAUAUUAAUGAGAUAUGUGAUGGAUUCACACCAUUGAGUUUAUUAACUCUUUAUUAUAUAUAAACACCAGAGAAGUGUACUUCAACAGAGACAUUAGAAUUAAUGUUUGCAAAUGGUGCAGAUCCUUUAUUGUAUGUAGAUAAAAAUGGUAAAAAUCUAUAUGAUUAUUGCAAUAUGGUAAAGAAAUAGUAAGGAGAACCACUUAAUUUUGUUUUAUAAUAUAUUCAAGAUAUAUAUUUUAAGAAAUAGAGGGAAUAGGCAUUAAAGAAUGCUAUAUUACUCUCAUUAUGUGAUAAUCAAAAUAAUAAUAAUAAUUUAACUCAUUUAUUGACCAUAGAUGAUAUGAAAUAAAUUGCUGAAUAUCUAAUUGGUCCCAUAUAAUAACAAAUUGAUUAAUGA